CAGCAGAUGGGGGCGCUAGGAGGGGUGGCGCCGGCUUCUGUUGCGCCUGUGUCUGUGGGCGACGAGGAGGAGGAGGAUGCCGCUGGGGAGGUGGCGAGUGAGACGGAGGGGGGGCCGGCGGCGUCGGGGGAGGACGGUGGUGAUGCCGCCGCUGCUGCUGCUGCUGCUGGGCGGCGGAGCAGCGUCGCGCAGGACGUGAUUGGGCGCCGGGGGAGUUACGGCCGGUUUGCGCAGCGGUGGUUCAGCCGGGCGGGGUGGGCGAUGAGACAGAAGCGGCAGUUGGGGUUGAGCGCGGACGGCGCGCCCGCCCCCGCCGGGGGGAAGAAAGCGGCGGGGACGGCGGUGCCGAUGACGUCCAGUGUCCCGGACGAUGCCGACGGCAGCGCGGCGGCGAUUAGUCUGCUGCCGAAGCUGCUGCGCACGAGCCAGAUCUUGUUCGGGUCGAGCAAGACGUUUUAUUUCGCCUACGACCACGACAUCACGCGCAGCAUGGCCAACCCGAGGGUCCCCGAGGCGCCGCUGCAGCCGCUGCAUGAGCACGUGGACCCGGACUACUUCUGGAACCGGCACAUGAUGCAGCCGUUCAUCGACGCCGGAGCCGACAGCCUCGCUCUGCCCCUGAUGCAGGGCUUCGUGGGGCAGCGGACGUUCGUCGUGGAUAGUCACCCUCCGCAGGUCGACGAAGGCGCGCAGGAUGACUCGGUUGAGCUUAGCGAUUUCAGCUCGUCCCGUGCCGCAUCGCCCUCGUCGCCGCACCCACCACCCCCGGCCCCGGGGAAGGCCACCGCCAACAUGCGGCCGACCGAGAAGAAGUUCGACAUCACGGUCAUCUCGCGCCGGUCCAUCAAGCGCGCCGGCCUGCGGUACCUGCGCCGCGGCAUCGACGAGGACGGCAACGUGGCCAACUCGGUCGAGACGGAGCAGAUCCUCUCGCCCGCCGACGCCGCCUGGGACCCGGCCGCCCGGGUGUACUCGUUCGUGCAGACGCGCGGCAGCAUCCCGCUCUUCUUCACCCAGUCGCCCUACUCGCUGAAGCCGGUGCCGGUGAUGCAGCACUCGGCCGACGCGAACUUCGCGGCGCUGAAGAAGCACUUUGCGGCCCUGCGCCGGCGCUACGGCUCCGUUCAGGUCGUCAGCCUGGUCGAGAAGCACGGGGUUGAGGAGCCCAUCGGCAGGUUGUACGAGGAGACCAUCCAGAGGCUCAACGAGGAGUCCGGAACGAAGGAGGACAAGGACAAGGUAGGGUUUGAGUGGUUUGACUUCCACGCCGUGUGCCGCGGCAUGAAGUUUGAGAACGUCUCGCUCCUCCUGCAGACCCUGGGCAGCAAGCUGGAGGACUACGGGAGCUACGUGUCGGUCAACGACCGCCUCGUGGCCAAGCAGAAGGGCGUGCUCCGGACAAACUGCAUGGACUGCCUGGACCGCACCAAUGUCUGCCAGAGCUCGUUCGCCAAGCACAUGCUGGACCUGCAGCUCAGGGAGCAGGGCUACGACAUGGCCGCCCAGCUGGACCAAGAAAAUGUCUGGUUCAACACGCUGUGGGCCGACAACGGCGAUGCCAUUUCCAAGCAGUAUGCUUCUACGGGCGCCAUGAAGGGCGACUACACGCGGACGCGCAAGAGGAACUACCGCGGCGCGCUGACCGACGCCGGCUUGUCGCUGACCCGCUUGUUCAAUGGGUAAGUGGCUACUUCCUACGGUGGGCAUCUCGACGUAUGGACAGAAAUUGCUGAGCGUCCCGCCCACCCAGCAUGUUUAACGACUUCUUCCUCCAAGCCAGCAUCGACUUCCUGCUGGGCAACGUCACCUCCCUCGUGUUCGAAGAGUUCGAGGCCACCAUGAUGACCAAGGACCCGGCCGUGUCGAUGCAGAACAUGCGCCAGCAGGCGAUCGAGCUCUGCCAGAAGCGCGUCGU